AUGGUUUUAGUGAUAAGACACUCUAAUAACUUUGUUUUAAUCUUAAUAUCUCUGCUGUUGCAUAAACUGCGAUCUAACCUAUAGAUUUAAUCCAUAAUUCAAUCAGAAUCAUAAAAGAAUUUAUAUGAUGACUUUUGUUAAAAAUUUCAAAAAUUUACAGUUAGCAAUAAAAUCUAAUAUUUAAUUAAACAAAGAUUAAAAUUCAAAGUUUAUACAGGACCAUGGAAUGAAGCUAUAGCUUAAAGAGUUUUGAAUGGCAAUUAAACUUAUGCUAUUGUAUUUAUAUUUCAACAGAACUAUUGA